AUGUGGGUCCACAGGAGCAUAGUGAUUACCCUAGGGGUAAUUCUACUCACCAAGUGGACGGACUCAAAAGCAGUUGGACCUACCAAUGGAACUAACGCAGAAGCAAAGCAUAAUAUUCAAAAAAGAGUAGGCUACGACUACUCGGUCGCAAUUCCUCCAACAGACGUGCACCACACGUACGAGAACUCCGGAGAUACCCAGUACCACCACGAGAACCACCAUGAGUACCACAAUCAGCACGAAGACGAGCACCAUUACGAGCACCAUGAAGAACACAAAGAUCACCAUGACCACCAUGACCACCAUGACCCAGGCUACUGGAAGAAGAAGAUGAUCUGGAAGAAGGGCUGGAAGAAGAUCUGGAAGCCGGCCAAGAAGCAGAUCUGGAAGCCCAGUUGGAAGAAGUACUGGAAGCCUAUAUGGGUGCCUACGCAGAAGCCUGCGUGGAAGGAGAUCAAGGUGCCGGAUUGGAAGAAAAUAUGGAAGCCAGUGUGGAAAACGAUACAGGUGCCAGCGUGGAAGGAGAUCCAAGUUCCCGAUUGGAAGAAGAUCUGGAAACCAGUAUGGAAGCCCAUACAGGUGCCAGCAUGGAAAGAGAUCCAAGUUCCUGAUUGGAAACGGAUUUGGAAACCUGUUUGGAAGGAAAUACAAGUGCCCGCUUGGAAGGAAAUUCAAGUGCCAGCAUGGAAAAAGCUUUAUAUACCAGUUUGGGUAAAAGAAGGCAUUCCAGGCAAGCAUUAUCUAGGCAAAGAUGAUCACGGUGCCGAAUACGUCGCUCACGACAUCUGGAAGAAAAAGUUGAUCUGGAAACCGAUCUGGAAGAAGUAUUGGAAACCUGCUAAGAAACAGAUAUGGGUGGCUGAUAAAAAACUGGAAUGGAUAGAAGCAUGGAAGCAGAUUUGGAGGACGGAGAAGAAACAAAUAUGGGUCGCUGACAAGAAACUCGUUUGGAAAGAAGCCUGGAAGCAAAUCUGGCGGACGGAAAAGAAACAAAUAUGGGUCACUGACAAAAAACUGGAAUGGAAAGAAGCAUGGAAACAGAUCUGGAGGAUAGAAAAGAAGCAAAUCUGGAUCCCAGACAAGAAAUUGGAAUGGAAGGAAGCGUGGAAGCAAAUUUGGAUACCUGACUGGAAGACGAUAUGGGUGCCAGCCUGGAAGCAGAUCUGGAGGCCGGUCAUAAUCCAGGAAUGGUUCCCUAGUCCAGAUCAUCACGACGUCCACCACCAUGGAGGUUGGGAUAGGAAGGACGAUGUACAGGACGUCCAGUAUGUGACGUCAACGCCCAGCACAACAGUCACCAGAAAAUCGUAGCAGCGCAGUGUGCUAAACGGCAAUGUGUACCUUUGUAAAUAUUAUUUAUAAGCGUUAUACGUGAUAAUUUGUUUAUUUUGCUUUGAAAUUGGGGGAAAAGGCAGUUGAAUACCAGUUGCUUGCCAACCCAUUCGCGGAUGUUCUCUUAUGUGGACGUUAUUGUGAUUCAUCAUGUGAGAUGCAUUAAGUUUUUGUCAUUAUAGAGAUUCGAUAGUUACCUUUUCAAAAAUUAUAAUAACUACUUUGUGCAAAUUAAUAGUUGUGCGGUGGAAGAAUCGGUGGUGGGGGCAUGGAACUUUUUAAAAAAAAUUGUCCACGAUAGUACGAAGUGAAUGGCCUACCGACACCAGAUUUUUCUUCAUUCAAAUUAGAUGCAAAUGAAUUUAAGUACACCACCGACACCAAAUGUUUUUCUUUCAUAUUAGGUACACGAAUAUAUUUCCAUUAUUGAGUCUCUUCCAAACGAAAGCUAAAAUUGAAAUUCAGUCUUUGAAAAAUUUGUUUGCCAUAUAUUUUCGAAAAAGUAGUCUUCAUCGAAAUUAUUUCGUCUCAUACUAUCAAACGAUGGUAUAUUAUUCUAUGGAGCGAGAAAGUUUUUGUUUUACAAAGUACGUACUUCCAAUUUAAGAGUUCAUUUGUUGUUAAUUUCGUUGUUAUUAUGUCGACUGACUUAUACGUAGUUACCGUUAAGUUGUUAUUUUUGUUACCGC